GUAAGCCAGUGAUGAUCAUCACAGAAUUUAUGGAGAAUGGAUCCCUAGAUACCUUUCUCAAGAAACAAGACGGUCAGUUCACAGUGAUCCAGCUGGUGGGCAUGCUGCGGGGCAUUGCGUCGGGCAUGAAGUACCUGUCUGACAUGAGCUACGUUCACCGAGACCUGGCCGCACGCAACAUCUUGGUCAACAGCAACCUGGUGUGUAAGGUGUCUGACUUCGGCCUGUCACGAGUACUGGAGGACGACCCUGAGGCAGCAUACACCACACAG